ACUUAGGAAUUGAAUUCAUGGAGAGCGAAGAGGUGUACCAGCGCCAGGUGCUGUCUGUUUCCUGUAUCGUCUUUGGCAUAGUCAUAGUGGGCAUGCUCUGUGCUGCAUUCUACUUCAAAACAAAGAAACAAACUAAACAAAUUCAGGAACAGCUGAAAGAGAUAGAGAAUGGGAAAACCUACAGCCUUAAUGCUUCCAGCAUGAUGGCAAAAUCAGACACCAUGGCACAAAGCCGAGUCCAGCUGCAAAAUUAUUCAAAGACAGACAGGCAUCCUGGGCCUGCGAUGGGAAAAGUUAUGGAGUCUAGUUUUUCAGGUACUCAGUCUUUCCCCGAAGCCUUGUCUCCUGACAGAGGAAGCCAGCCUACCAAGCAACAUAGAAGUCUCUCUUCGUGCUGCAGUCCAGGACAAAGAAGUGGAAUGCUACACAAGAAUGCUUUUCGGAAGACUCCACCCUUACCUCGGGGUAGGUUCAAUGGAAUUACAGGACCAGCAUAUCAACAGCUUGAAGAGUCAAGGAUCACAGAUCAGGACACAAUACCUUGUCAAGGGUAUUCAUCCACUGGUUUAAAAACUCCUCAGAAUACUUCAAUAAAUAUGCAACUGCCUUCACGAGAGACCACUCCCUAUUUUAAUAAUGUGGAUCAGAAGGACUUGGUUGGAUAUUCCGCAUCAAGGGCCAACUCAGUUCCCAUCAUCCCAUCGGUGGGCUUGGAUGAAACCUGCAUGCAAAUGCAAAAUGUUUCUGAAGUAACAGGAAUCAAAUGGUGCAAAAACUCCUAUUCAGCUGAACUUGUCAAUGCCAGUGUCCCAGUCAGCAAUUGUCUUAUAGCAGAACAACAGGAAGUGAAAAUAUUGCUAGAAACUGUCCAAGAGCAGAUUCGAAUUCUGACUGAUGCAAGGAGGUCAGAGGACUAUGAACUGGCAAGCACAGAAUCAGAAAACAGUGCAAGUGAAAACACAGCUUUUCUGCCCAUGAGUCCCAUGGCAAAAUCGGAACGAGAAGCAAAAUUUAUCUUAAAAAGCGAAACACACAGAGACUCGGCAUUGACCAAGUGACUUUGAGGAGAGUGGGGGUGGGGAAAUAAGGGAUCUGUGCACUCAAAGCUUUGCUAAACAGGAAAGGAAGGAAAUUAAAUACAAAUUAUUUAUAUGCAUUAAUUUAAAAGCAUCUACUUAGAAGAAACCAAAUAGUCAAUCGCCCUCAUAUCAUAGUGUUUUUUAACAAAAUAUUUUUUUUAAGGGAAAGAAAAGUUCCAGGAGGGAUAAAGCAUACAUCUAAAGCUUGUUUGGUUUGGGUUUUUUUUUUGAAGGGGGGAUUGCUUUUCUUUUUCAGAGUUACACAUUCAGUUGCAGUUACAGUAUGUUUUAAAACUGUCCUGUUUGGCUGUUAGAAGGCUUGGGAGAUGUAUAUUUUUCAAAAAAGCCAAAUUCAUUCUUAGACUCUUUGGUUUCAAAGUAGAGCUGUGUUGAACUGUCCACCAGGGAUUCAUUCUCUGGUGAGCAAGUUCUUCUUGAGUAGCCUCAAAUAAUAUAGGCCCAUAAUUAGCCCUCCAUUCUACCAGUAUCUUGGUCCCAGAUUCAUAAUUUUAAAACAAAGCAACACACACACAAAGUCAAUCUUUCCUAUCUAAAUUCUAAAGUAUGGUUCCAAGCCACAUAAAAUCUGAAACAACUGUAAAGCCCUGAUUCAGCCAGAUGCUUAAGCAUGUGGCUUCCUUUAAGUACAUGAGUAGUCUUAAUGAAGUCAGUGGGACAACUCAUGACCUUUAAGUUAGCAUGUGCUUAAGUAUCUUGUUAAAUCAGAGCAUGAGAGCUGGAGAUGCAAUGAUCGGGUGUUGCUCACAACCACUGGGCAGCCUCAUCUCAUUGUGAACUGUGCUUUUUAAGUUUGGAUUUUCAGUGAGAAAGGAAAAGAAGAAGAAAAAGUGUGUGUGUGUGUGUUAUGAAUUUUCUACCAAUGGGAACUUAAACCACAUUAUUUUGUCACAAAAAUCACAGUAUUUUGAAAAUGUUAUACUUUGAAGACAUUUUUGAGCACUCCAAAAGAGCACUUUUAAAAUAUAUUUUUAGUUUGGUUAGUUCAGAGAUCAGUUGGGGAGAUACAAUAUGAUCAAUACUCAGUAUAUAUUUGUUCAUGCUGUCCUAAUUUGUUUCCACAUUCAGUUUUUCCUGUCAUUUGAAUUAAGCAUGACUUCUGCUUGUGAACUUUUAAGGGCCUUUUCCUGCAGCUGGUUUGGUACUGGUGGGUCCAGGCAUUUGUAAAAACCUGUCUUGAAUUUAAUUGAGGGUGUGCAAGGGCACAUGGGCUCCACCAAAUAGAUCCAUCUGGAGAAUCAAGGUUUUAGAGAAGGAAGAUCAUUUGCUGAUUGCAGUGUCCGAGGCACUUGCUUUCUUACAUUUUCUUUUCUGUUUUCUCCUGUAUCCACAGCACAUGAUGUGCCACUAAUACGGUGGCCUAAAUUCAGUAAUGACAUAUGAACUACUAUUUUUAAAUAUUCUGUUUAAAUUAUUUGUUUAAAAAAUUAAUGAACGAUAGUAAAUAAUUACCAAAUAGCCUUCCCCAUUCAAUGCUGGAAGACCGGUUGAUUUAUUAACAAAAUCUACAGUGUACACAAAAUGUAUUCAAAUACGUACUCCCUUUACAGCAAGGUAAUUGCUAAAGUUAUUAGAUGUGCCCCAGACUUUCCAGUUCACCAUUCUCAAGAGUGAGUUUCCAAAAUAGAACCAUCGAUCGGUCUAGUGCUGUUGUAUGUUGAGUCGGAAUAAAGCAAUAUUUCAACUUCUCUCUAGUGAACUGAAGAAAAAAAAAGGCUGAAGGCAUAUGCCAUUUAUUUUCCCCCAUUAUUUAGGGCAUUAAGGAAAAAUUAGUAUUCACAUAAGAAGUCUUUUUUCUAAAAAAAGCAAAGUUGAUGGAAUUGUUUUAUUUACACAACUUUCUAUGGCUGUAAUCUUUGCUGUGUGUUUUCAAUAAAAAUAUAUAUGAGAGCAAAUUAUGAUUUAUGCCCCUGGAUGGAGCAUCAUUGGUUUUGAUUCCCUUCUUCAAAUGUCACUUGGAUAUGGCUGGAUUUAAGGAACGAGUUCCCUGAGGGAUGUACCUUAUUGAUGAAAGCUCCAAUCCUGCAAUCCAAUUUCAUGUGCGUGGGCAAUGCCCUGUUCACUUCAGCAGGGCUCCAUGUGGGUGCAGCAGGCUGCCUCCACUCAGUGAACUACAGGAUCAGUACCUAAGAUACAUAGUUUAAAAAAGUUUCACGUUGAAAUAACAGAAGUCUGGCCUUAUUGCCCCCAAAUCCAACUACAUUUUGCAAUCAGAAAAUGCACCCUUUGAAAUGUAUUGGAAACACACUGCAGGAUUUCUGUUGAAGAAAGAGGCAAUGCCUUUCUUAGUUUAACACCCUGAAAAGCAGAAACAGUGGAAGAGCAAUGUAUUAAAAACUGAUGGAGUGUCUGAUUGAAUAAUAGAUGAAGAUCUGAAAUGGUGAGAAAUCUUCAGCUCAUGUUAGAGAUGCUAUCUUGUACUGAACAAAGGAUGUGUGACUGGUAUUUGUUACCUGUUCUAUUCAGUUUCAGCAUGUUUGAAUAGAGAGACAUUAAUACUAACCUUAUAUUAGUGUAUUAUUUGUUAAGAAUUUCAUUUCAGCACUUAUUGAAAGUCCAUUGUUUCAAGAGGAAAAAGUUAAAGAAGAUCUAGACAGGUCACUGUAAUAUGAAUUGUAUGUUUCUCUAAUGUAAGUGUUUUCCCCUCUUUAGUGAAUGGAACAACAUUUUAUCUGAAUUCUGACACUUCAGUUAUGUAGGCUGCAGAAAAGACUUCAUGAAGUUUCACUUACACUACUGAAAGACUAGCUCAUAUUUUUGUUCCAGACAUCCCAUUGAACCCAAGUUGCUUAGAAGGGGUGUAAGUCAGUGCAGAAUAUAGUUUGUGCUAAUAAAAUUACAUCUGUUGCUCAGCUGGGAAACCAGAUAAUAAUCCUCCAUGGAAGAAACUCUAAACUCAUUGAUGUACGCAUAAAAUAAUUGAAAUUUACAGCUGCCCUGUAAAGAUCAAGUUUAGUUAGGUGUGAAAAUUCACACCAGUUGUUACACUUCACCAAACUGGGAAAAUAGCUAAUUAAAUGGUUUAAAAUAGACCAAGGGAAACUGACAUCUCUUAAGCAUACUACUAUUGAACACAAUUACAAAAUAUGGGCAUUAUGUGUCCUAGAUUUCUUGCUUCUGAAUAGAUUUUCUUCAAAACAACUCAACAACCUCCUCCCUGCCCCUUAUUAGUAGAGGGCUCCCAGAAAUCUGAAGUGGGAAAUGUGGUGAACAUAGACACACGUUUUCACAUUGCU